AUCCCUUUUUUUGGGGUUUUUUAAAAUGUUUCCUUUGUUUUAAAACUCAAGUAGAGUAGCUGCUACUCCUACUCUUUCCCACUACAUAUUUAAGCAAUCCCAAAAAAUUAAAACUAAAAAAGGAAAAGAAAGAAGGGAGAGAUCAAAGCAAAAGGUGCAAACGAACAGAAAGUUCCAGAUCAACGGCAGGGAGGGUUCGGGGCAGGACACGUUCGUCAUUUCUCUUUUUUAUUUGGCUCUGUCUUUCUCUCAGAUCCUGUUUCCUUCAUUCAUUCUCUUCACUCUCUCAAGGCUCAAAAAACAGUGCCUUCCUUUUUUUUUUUUGGUUUUUGAUUGUUGUUGCAGAGGACGAGUAAGAAUAGAGGAAUCGAGGGCUCUCUUUUUUGAUUUUAUUUAAUUAGUAGCAUUUUUUUGGUAGUUUUGAGAGUGGAAUUAGAGAUAACCAAGAAAAAUGGAGAGGAGCACUCCAGUGAGGAAACCACACACUUCCACCGCAGAUCUGCUCACUUGGUCCGAGACUCCUCACUCCGAUUCCCCUGCCUCCGCCACUCGCUCCACCCGCCCGCACCAGCCGUCGGAUGGGAUCAGAAAAGUGGUGUUUGGAGGCCAAGUCACGGAUGAAGAAUUUGAAAGCUUAAACAAACGGAAACCUUGUUCUGGAUAUAAAAUGAAGGAGAUGACUGGUAGUGGCAUUUUUGCAGCCAAUGGAGAAAAUGAUGAGUCAGAACCAGGCAGUGCCAAUCCCACUCCAAACAACAAAACAGGACUACGAAUGUACCAGCAAGCACUUGCUGGAAUCAGUCACAUCUCAUUUGCUGAGGAAGAGAGUAUUUCCCCCAAAAAGCCAAUAACUCUUCCUGAGGUGGCGAAGCAGCGUGAGCUAAGUGGAACACUAGAAAGUGAGGCAGAUGCAAAGUUGAAGAAGCAGCUUUCUGAUGCUAAGUGCAAGGAGCUUAGUGGACAUGACAUCUUUGCAGCCCCACCUGAAAUUUUGCCAAGGCCGACAACUGUACGUGCAUUGGCAUUGAAGGACAAUUUUGAUAUGGGAGAACCUGAUACACAUAAUCCUGCUGGAGGUAGCAUUUCAAGUGAGGAGGCUGCGCUUAAGACAGCAAAGAAAAUUUAUAACCAGAAAUUUGCUGAGCUUUCUGGAAAUGACAUAUUUAAGGGUGAUGUUCCUCCAAGUUCUGCUGAGAAACCACUCAGCGUGGCAAAGCUGCGGGAGAUGAGUGGCAGCAACAUCUUUGCUGAUGGGAAGGUAGAGGCGCGAGACUACCUUGGUGGUGUACGCAAACCCCCUGGUGGAGAAAGCAGCAUUGCUUUGGUUUAACAUCUUAGUUCUAACUCUGUCAUUUUGCUCGGCCGUGUCUGGUGUUUUCUGUUAUCUUUAGUGGGGGUGUGAUUAUAUUAUUUGACCUUUUCAUUGUGGGUUUUGGGAAUUAUGUUUUAGGUUUAACAUGUCAACUUGAGCUAUGGGCCUAUGCUAAUUGCUUUGUUUGUCCAUAAUCUUGUGUUUCUCUGUCCUGUCUUAGUGAAGGUCUUGGGCUGUUCAGAUUUAAUUUUAUUUUUUAGUGCUACAUUGAUUAUCAUUAUAUCGUUUGUGUGAGUUCUUUAAUUGACCUACAUGCUUGGACUUA